AUGGUAAACCGUUACAAAAAUUUAGCUGAAAGACAUCGACAACCAUCAGCUCAGAUCAGAAAAAGCAUCAGUCAAUCAACUGUUGUCCUAUCCUAUCCACACAAUGGCAAAUGGGAGGAUAAAGGCACGGGAUUCGUCAAUUGUCUCUACAUCGAGGCAUUGGGAUCACACUGUCUGAUGGUCAAGUCCGAGGAGGACGGUUCGAUCAUUCUCGAGUCCAAGGUGUAUAACCUCGAGAUCUAUCAGCGACAACAGGACACCCUAAUCGUGUGGGCCGAGCCCAACACCAACAUAGACCUGGCAAUAUCAUUCCAGGACUCUGCUGGUUGCCAGGAUGUCUGGGACUUUAUCAUCCUCAACCAACGAAGAGAUUCCGAUGUCGAACUGAUCGAUCUGCCCGAGGUCAACGCUGCCAACCUCGAUUCGAUUCGUGAUUGUUUGGAUCCCAGUCUGCCACAGCCUGUUCGUGACAGAAUCGUUAAUGUUAUCGUUAGAGAUGAUUAUUUAAAACAACUAUUGGAACUGUUUGAUCAAUUAGAACAAUCAAAUGAUAUUCCUAAUCUACAUCAUCAAUUUACCAUAUUUAAAAAUUUAAUAUUGUUUAAUGAUUCAUCCAUUUUUGAAUUAUUACUCUCUGAAGAAUAUUUAUUGAGGAUGAUGGGUGUAUUAGAAUAUGACCCAGAAAUUUCAGAACAAAAUCGAAUUAGACACAGAGAAUUUCUAAGUCAGCAAGUUAUUUUUAAAGAGGUGGUUAAAUUUUCAUCGGAAUCUUUAAUAAGUACCAUUCAUCAAACCUUUAGAGUACAAUAUCUCAAAGACGUUGUUUUACCAAGAGUUUUGGAUGAUCUUACUUUUUCAACGUUAAACUCUAUCAUCUAUUUUAAUAACUCUGAGAUUGUUGGACAAAUUCAAAAAGAUACUACAUUUUUACAAAAGAUAUUCACACAGAUACAGCAAAGUCCAUCUGGAUCUUCAGAGAGAAGAGAUUUAUUACUCUUCUUACAGGAACUAUGUGGACUUGCAAAGAAUCUUCAAAUUCAAAACAAAUCAACCUUUUUUCUCAGUCUUUCCUCAUUGGAUCUAUUUAAAACACUUUCAACUACACUUGACGAUGAUAUAGCACAAACUAGAAUCUCAACAACUGAAAUAAUAUUAUCAACAUUGUCACAUGAUACUAGAAUGCUAAGAAAUUAUAUAACAUUAAACAGUACAUUCCUAUCGCAACUUAUCAAUGGUUUUAUAAAGGAUAAUGAUAUUGGUGUAAAAAAUCAAAUUGUCGAAAUAAUUAAAGUAUUACUGGAAGCAGAUACCACAGAAAUGAAUGAAUUUUUCAAAUUGUUUUAUGAAAAAGAACAUUGCACAAAAGAUACUGUGUCUGACGUCGAGCAACGAGCGAUACAUGGUGUUGGGCGCAAUCCGAUUCUUCCGUUGCUUGGUCAGCAUGAAGGACGAGCUCUACAACAACCACAUGAUCCAGGACAAUCUGUUCGACCCGAUCAUCACCAUCUUCAAACAGAACAUCAACCGAUACAACCUGCUGAAUUCAGCGAUAAUCGAACUGCUGCAGUUUGUCUACAAGGAGAACAUCAAGCCGCUGGUUGUCCACCUGGUCGAGCGAUACCGCGAGCUCUUUGA